AUGGCCUUCGCCAGGGGUGAGAGCUACAGCCAGGUAGUCAAGAGAGACUACCUGGUGGGGGCUGCCGGGCCUCCGGGAACUGGCGACAUGCUUCUCUGGUGCUUGGGCCCCGCGCUGGUGUCCACAGGCGUGCAGAUGUUCCAAUAUCGUUCUCGCAUCGCGGCACUCAGCCGGGUCCUGUUCCUGACCUGCGGUGCCGUGUCCCUGUGCAACGUCCUGGGCACCGUGAUCGCCGGACCACUCCUGGGUGUUUCCCCCGAGGUCACGCUUUCUGCUACGAUGAGGUGCGUUACCAUCCCAAUGGCUCUGCCCACCUACGCCCGCCUCUGUGACGCGAGCGGCGCCGAGAACAACGUGGCCCUG